AUGGUGGCGAGCUGUGCCUGGGCAGGAGCCAGCAAGCAUAGCUACCAGAGCCUUCUCUGGGCGCGAAUCUUUCAAGGUGUUGCACUGGCGCCCUUCGAAGCUUUGGUCAAUGCAUGUGUCGGGGACCUAUCCUACGUUCAUGAACGGGGCAAGAGGAUGGCACUGUCCAACGCUGCCUUGUUCGGGGCUGCUUUCCUCACACCUGUCCUAGCUGGUAAAAUCACCCAUAGUCUGGGCUGGGAAUGGACAUUCUAUCUGGUGUCGAUUUUCACGGCGGCAGCACUUCCUCUUACCUUUUUUUGUGUCCCUGAGACUGCAUUUCGGCGCCCGAGCGAGUUGAGUAUGGGCACAGUCUAUGUACAUGGCCGCCGCUCGGAAACUGUUACGAGCCCGCUACCGCAACUCGAUUUGGAUGGCGAUGACGCUUUUCUCCGUCGCGAGGAAGGCGGACCAGUGCAACAUGCACAGCCCCCAACAGGAAGACAUGCACGAGGCUCCACGUCCAAAGAAAUGCCUCGAGAUAAUUCAGCUGAGACCGAGCUCCCCGUCAAGGUUCCCUAUCUGCAGACUCUCAAACCCUUCAAUGGCCGGAAAACGGACGAAAGCUUUUACAAGCUUCUUCUACGCCCUUUCCCCCUCUUUUUUCACCCAGUCAUUUUCUGGGCUUGUCUGAUCCAGGGCGUCGUUAUCGGAUGGACUGUCUUCAUUGGCGUGGUCCUGGAGACCCUCUUCCUCGGGCCUCCACUAUGGUUUAACGAGGUACAAACGGGUUAUCUCUACACUGGUGCAUUCAUUGAAUCCAUUCUAGGCCUAGUGAUCGCGGGUCUACUGUCCGAUUGGAUGAACCAGGCUAUGAUCAAACUCAACCGAGGACGAUACGAACCCGAGUUCCGGAUCCUCCUGGUCAUAUUUCAGCUGAUAUUCAGCGGAGCCGGGCUGUUUGGCUCUGGCCUUGUGGCUGAAAAUAUUGCAAAGUACGGCUGGCUCGUAGCGGACGCUUUUUUCGCGUAA